GGAGGACCAUCCGUCAACGAAGGAAGGCAAAGCACGAGAAGGCAACGUAAAGACGAUUACACCUAAUUACAAACUCGGAACCGAAAAACCUAGUCAUGAGCUGAAGCUCGGAACCAGUGGAUACCUUCCGAAUGAGAAGGGAGAUUACAAGGUUGGUUACUGCUACAUAAAAAGGAAACAUUACUCAGGGUUAGAACUGUUGAUGCUAAAUUCAUUCACAGAAGAAACUCUUUCCAUCUUGAUAGUAAUGAAGCAGUACGGGACAAAUUAG